AUGGCGCCUGCAGAACACAGCAAAACCGUAGACUUUGGGGUAAAGUUGGCAUCGUUGCUGUCGGCUCCCCGCAUCAGUGAUGUGCCUACGCUGGACAAACUCACUGAUCUCGAGCUCAAUCAAUUAAUCGUAGAAGAAGAAGAACCAACCAAUGGAGACCAGCCUCGGACUCUCAGUCAUAUGUUAUCGCGGAUUUUCAGGACAUUCACCCUUGAAGUUCCAGAUGUCACAGACCUCCAGGUGCCAUUACAUAAAAUUCGUUAUCGGGAUACCAGACUACGCAAUAAAUUCGCUCACCUGGAUGAACAGUCCAUGGUUCCUUUGUAUGACACAGAGACCUCUAGAUGGAACUGGGCACUUCCAAAAUGCCAUCGUGAAUCCAACAUCAUUCAGUUACCCGAUAUUGAAGAGGGUGGAGACGGAGAAGAGAAUAGUGGGGCAAACGAGGAGUCUGGGAGUGGGGGUACUACUGGCGAGGACCCGUCAACUCAACUUGAAGAGCCCCCUUGGGAGCUCGAAAUUCCGAAUCUUCGCCCUUCUACUUCUACGCAGAAACGACUCCCACAAGCCGAAGUGCACGGUUCCGCAGAAGGUCCAAUCGAAGACAAGACGAUCAUCGACGCACCCGAGUCUGACUUAGAGAUGGACGUAGACGUGGAGAUGAGCUCAGACUCAGAGGAGAUCCUCCCCCCAGACCCCCCUCAGCUAGAAAUACCCCAAGAUCCUCUUCGCGCAUCUUUUUCAGACCCGAUUGGCAGGAUCAGGGUGAAAAACCACACAUACGAUAUCCUCGAAGUCAUAUUCUCCAGUCAGGGGCUUGUUGGGCGUGGCACCGUCUGCUAUUUAGCCAGGAGGGACGAUGAAGAAUAUAUCAUCAAGGAUUAUUGGGUCCUUGGGGGCAAAGAUGAUGCGUUGAACGAGGUUGAGAUGCUGCGGGAGAUGCAAGGGGUCCGUGGUGUGCCAAAACUAGUCGAAUAUUGGCUUGUUAAGAUCGCGCCCAAUGAGGUUUGGGGAAGUAUCAAAGGCACUUCUCGCACGCAUGUUCGUUUGGUUUUGAAGCCUCGCGCGCGACCUUUGCAUGCAUUCCAGACAAAAUUAGAGUUGGUGAGUGCUCUUCAGGACAUUGUCAGGGUUCAACAGAUAGCGGUCGAGGAUUGUGGAGUUCUUCAUCGUGACUGCAGUCUUAACAACUCUAUGAUCGAGGAUGAUGGCAACAGGACCAAUGGACUCUUGAUCGAUUGGGAAUUCGCUGUUCAUAUCACUGCGGGUCAAAAAUACACUAUUGGUGGGACGGGCACAAUACCUUUUAUGUCACAUUCACUUCUGUGGCAGCUCUCAGAGGCUGUUGGUGAUCUUCCAACAUCUGCUCGCAGCUGGAAGGUAAAGGUUGCCUCGCCUUCCCUCUCAAAACCGCCCCCCCUUAUCCUACACCACUACCAAGAUGAUCUCGAAUCACUUUUUUACGUCUUCGUGUGCAUCUGCAUUGAAUACAGGGGUCCCCUUGGAGUUAAAUGUGAUCUAUCGGUCAAUAGGAAACAGGAGUGGUUGCCACAUCUAUGGUCCACCAACACGCUCAAAGCAGGCAGUAAUGCGAAAACUUCGUUUUUUUUCCACCCCAACGCAGACAAACUCAAGAAACAAUUUCACCCGAACAAGGGACCAUCGGGUGUAGUAACUUUCCAGGAGGUCCUCGAUCUGUUGGAAACAUAUCUCGCUGAGCUUCCGAAGGAUGAGCCUUCCCCCGAGCUUCUGUUUGCAAAGAAGGUUAUUGUGGCACUUCCGAAAAAGAGAUCUGUGAGUGAGGCUGAGGGUGAUGAUCGGGAUGAUCAUCUAAACAAACCGCCAAUUACAGAACGUAAUAUAACUCACAGUCGCUGGACGAUGGAGCCAAUACCCCAGCCCAAGCGGAGCAGAACAACCUAA